AUGCGGUUGGUGCAAUGUGUUGUGAUAGCUCUGCUGUCACUGACACCACCCUGCGACCUCCAACUUCCCACGCUAAUGGACCAGCCACAGAUCAUGGACUCGCUGCGAUUGGCCAAUAUUCUAAUGGAACGGCCCGUAGAGGGACCAAGCAUCAGGAAAGAGUGCCGAAUGUUGAACACCACAGACUUCCAGAGAAUCGUUAACGCUAUCAAUCGAGCCAAGCUUGACACGCGUGUUCGCCCUAAUGUACAUGACGCCUAUUCCUUUCUGCACGCCCACCCAGAGGUCAACAGGGGCGCCCAUGGGGGCCCCGCCUUCCUGCCCUACCACCGUGUGUUCAUCUUUCUGUACGAGAAACUGCUACGGAUCUACGACCGGGGCAUCAGUCUCUGCUACUGGGACACCACGGUAGAGCCAGAGAACAUGCAGUGGUCAUCUGCCUGGACGCCAGAGCUCUUCGGCAACGUCCAGGGAUCAGUGACCACCGGUUUUGCCAGGAACUGGGUCACCCCGAUCCAUACACUGGAGAGGUUUGGAGCCACCCAGGGACGCCCGAUGAACGACGAGGACGUCAAGACGAUCCUGUCCAAGAACCGGCUGGGGGAGAUCUCCAUGCCGGCCGCUUCCGUGGACGCUAAUGUGGAGUUGAUGCACAACUUCGUGCACACUUAUGUCGGGGGCAUCAUGGGCCAGGUUGAGACGGCGGCCUACGACCCGAUCUUCUGGUUCCACCACACCUACAUCGACUGUAUCUACGAGCAGUUCCGGGACAAACAGAAGCAAAAUGGCGUGCAACCAAUGAGAGACUGGCCUGCCGAACAUGGCGACUCCGCGCAUGCGCCUUUCGCCCCUAUGAGAAUCGGAAGUCUCCGAAACAUCGAUGGCGCCCAGGAGUUCUUCAGCAAAGAAAUCGUGAGAUGUGAACCACUUCCGGCCUGUACGGAGGACAGUCAGUGCGGCGCUUACAUGCGCUGUAACAGGGACAAGCGGAAGUGUAUUGCCGACACCAUGAAGCCGCCAGAGCAGGCUGCUGGAGGGUGGAGCAGCGUGGAUAACAUCCUUAGUUCAGUCUGGAGGAACAGGCUGUCAUCCAUCAACAACCCUUUAACCGGAUCCAGCUUCGGUUUCGGCAGUAUCUUUCAUCAGCCUGAGAUCUUCCGGUUUUCUAAUUCUGGAUAG